UUGUUUUUGUUUUUAUAAAUUCAUGGUGAAUAUGCGAUCAGUAUUAUCUUCAGGCUCUUUUGUCUUCUAAUAUGUGCAUCUAAAGCUCAAAAUUUACCUUUCAGCUCAUCUUUUCGUACAUCCCGUAAGCUUGAAUAUGUAGUAUUUUGAUUUUCAUUCAGAUUGGCGUGAUUUUGAAUUUAGUUCAAUUAGAAUUUGAAUUAGAGAAUUUACUUUUUUAAAUAGAAGUUUUCCCUUUUUUCUUCAUUAGAAAAGCAACACAGAUUCAUUAAACAAAUCCCUAAAGUAAAGAAACAGAAAACGUGGAUGUGCAAUGAGGACAGUACAGUGUCCAUGCCGCCAUCAUAGAGGUGAAGUUUAAGCAGUUUAUGCAUUUUCUUUCAGGCCUUUUUAUGCAUAUUAAUUCAGUGUGCCAUUAUUGUUUAAUAGAUGGGAUUUCGACUGCAAACUCUUAUAACUUCUUUUCUCUUUUCCAGAUAGUAACAUAUUUGCUUUCCUAAAACUUCUUUCUUCUCCUUUGAAGUCCUUCAUGGAGGUGUGCCCUUAGGGAUGUGGGAGGAUUGUGAGUCAGUUACAAACACUCCUCUUAGCUCAUGCCUGCAGAUCCAUCCCUGCCUUCAAGGUGCUCAUGGUCUGACGGAAUCAGACGCAGGUGUGGGGAUGGCUGAUGACACAGAGCUGCUCUUGGGAAGAUGGUUACAGGACAGCAGCUGCAGAGCAGGAAUGCAAGAAGCCAAGAGAAGCGCCACGCAGAGGGAGAGGCAGCCUCCCGGGAGUGUGCCAGCUGAUGGAGCUCAGCACUGCCUGAGAAGGAGCCGUUUCCUAUCACCCUCCAGCACACUGAAAGUCUUGUGUGCCCCCUGCAGGUUAUCGCCAUGAUCAAAGGCUUGCAGGUGCUGAUGGGCAGGAUGGAGAGCGUGUUCAACCAUGCCAUCCGGCACACUGUCUACGCCGCGCUGCAGGACUUCUCGCAGGUCACCCUCAGGGAGCCCCUCAGGCAGGCCAUCAAGAAGAAGAAUGUCAUCCAGAGUGUCCUGCAGGCUAUCAGGAAGACUGUGUGUGACUGGGAGACAGGGCACGAGCCCUUCAACGACCCAGCCCUGCGGGGCGAGAAGGACCCCAAGAGCGGCUUCGACAUCAAAGUGCCCCGGCGAGCUGUGGGACCCUCCAGCACACAGCUCUACUUGGUGCGCACCAUGGCUGAGUCCUUGAGCUCUGCCGAGCUGCUGAGGCAGCUCAAGUCUCUGGGCAUGGAAAGGCUCUUGCAUGUAGUAAACGCGUUUCUGAGGCAGUCCUACACCUAUCCGCCUCUUUUAACCUUUGGUGAAACACUCCAGCAGUGCUGUGACCUUUCACAGUUGUGGUUCCGAGAGUUCUUCCUGGAGCUGACGAUGGGCAGGAGGAUCCAGUUCCCCAUUGAGAUGUCCAUGCCUUGGAUCCUGACGAACCACAUCCUGGAGACCAAGGAGGCAUCAAUGAUGGAGUACGUCCUCUACUCCCUGGACCUGUACAAUGACAGUGCCCACUACGCCCUCACCAGGUUCAACAAGCAGUUUCUCUACGACGAAAUCGAGGCAGAG